CUCCACCGCAGCAAAGGUGGCUGGCGACUGGGAAACUGGCACGCCACCAACCCAGCUAGCAGCGCAGCACGAUCGCCGCCCACCCGCCCGGCCCCAAGGUCUCCCAACCGACCCACCCAACCAGCCCCUCGCCUUCGCCGGCGCGGCAUGACGGCGACGUCCAGGGCCCCGCGGCGCCCCCGCAUCCGCACCCGCGGCCCGCCGCCGACCCCGAUCCGCACGGCGCGCGGCGCGCGCUCCGCCGCUGCCGACGAGCGCGUCCUCGCCGAGUUCCUCGAGGCCUCCCUCCGCGUGCCCGACCUCGCGCCGCCCCCGCCCCGGAAGCGCUUCAGCUUCCCGCCCGCGCCCCCGCCGCCGGCGCCGCGCGAGGUCUCCUCGCGGGCCCUCGUCUCGGGCGACGCGGGCUCGGCGCUGCUAGCCGCAGCGGAGUCCGGCGCGUUCUCCGUGGCCGGCGCGGUCGACGCCCGCGAGGUGCGGGAGGCCGUGGAGGCGUCGGGGGCGGUGUUCGCGGCGGCGGAUGAUGAGGCGAAGCGCGAGCAGCUGGGCAGGUGGUUCCGGAGGAGGGGUCCGGUGGCAGGCGGGGAGGAGUUCUGCUGGUUCCGGCCGGUGAGCCCCGACGAGGAUCGCGCGCUGGGCGCGGCCUUGCCCGGCUCCACGUAUCGGGUGUUCAGGGAGAAGAUGGACACUGUCGCGUCAAAAAUGGAGAGCGUUGCGAAAAAAUCGAUCAGGCUUCUAUCUGAUAUUGUCGAGACUCCUAAAGACUCUGCUGCUCUGUCCAGAGAAGCAGAGUCAAUCCUGUGCCUGACACUGUACAACAGUAGCAAAUCGAACACAAGUUGGAACGAGUUUAGCAGCACUGAUCCUCGUAACUCGCACGCUUUGAGCAUCCACCUCUCUGGAGGCGAUCGACAGAUUUGCCUCCGAAACCAGGGCGGCUCGACCGUUUUCAGUUUGCCUGCAGGCUCUAUGCUCGUCGCAAUCGGCAAGCAGAUUCAGGAAUGGUCCAAUGGGCAGCUCAAGACCGCUGUUGGCGAGGUACUGUUUGAGAUAACCGAUGAACCAGGCCCCUUCGUCUCCCUGGAACUCGUGUACUCUCCAGACGACCUGCAUCUUUCUGAGGUCGGCCGGCGGGCCAGGUGCAUUGACCGUCCGACGAUCGUCUCCUUUAGGGACCAGAUACUGGUUGCUCUGAUCCUGCUGUUUUUGUUCUACCUCUUCUGGCGCUGAGUGCAUCCGGGAGUCCGUUGCAAAAUGCAAAUGCCCGAGAUAAGCUAAUUUUUGCAGAACAGCUUUCUUGGCCCUAACUGCCUGCCCUUCUCCACUGGUUGAUUGUGGAGAUUGUGGAAACACCGCAUGGGUUGCGGUGAUCACAGGUGGUUUGAGUGUUUUGGCUGAUUCUUAUUCCUUUUUUUUCUUGAGGAAUAAAAUACACACAAUAAAAAUUUUAGACACUGUCUUUAGCUCUUCCCAUUUGAAGGGAAUGCUAGGGGAUUAGUUGUUUUUCCGAUUGAGGAUGUUGCCGUUGCGAUUGGAUUGAAGUGGUGCAUGUUGCUAUGGAGGUGUUACGUUUGGAGAAGAGUUUGGUGGGUGGUUCUCUUUUGUACUGAACUAUGUAUGCAGUAGAAUAUGGGUUUGCUGUUGUGGGCUGCGGCCUGUAUCUGGGGACGUGUUGCCUUGCAAAUUUGUAAUGUAAUUUUGUAAAAGCCAUUAGCUGUGUUGGGUCUUGGGUGCACCUGAAAGAAAGCUUGUAAUUUUUUUAAUGAAUAAAGAAGGAUGCAUUUACACUACA